UGCACUCUAUCAGUGACUAGCGCCAUAACACGAUGCGCAAAUCAAUGAGCGCUGUUCUGUGCCUGUUUGCGCUGCUCACUUUGCGGACUUUUUGCGCUAGUGCAGAUGAAGCCGAGGUGAAAAUAGAAGUUGUGUUUAAACCACUGGAGUGCGCACAAAAGAGUAAGAAAGGAGACCUGAUGAACGUGCACUACGACGGGUUUUUGCUGGAUGGGACACAAUUCUACUGCAGCCGCUCGGACAAAGCAGGGCACCCUCAGUGGAUGGUGGUGGGAGUGGGUCAGGUGAUCCGUGGUUUGGAUGCUGGAAUGUUGGACAUGUGUGCUGGAGAGAAACGCAAAAUCACUGUCCCCCCCGAGCUCGCGUUUGGAACUCAGGGAAAAGCCCCGGUGCCUCCAAAUGCCACUGUUAUCUUCGAGGUUGAAGCUUUGGCUGUGUCCAGAGGCCCUCGCAGCAUGGAGGCCUUCAGUAACAUGGAUCAAAAUAAGGACAGAAAACUCACCAAAGACGAGGUGAAAGAGUACCUAAAACAGGACUACACCAAAGUGGGGAACCCUCGAGAUGACGCCUUUUACAACAAAAUCAUGGAGGACAUUUUUAUGAAGAACGACCACAACCACGACGGACAGAUCAGCGCCAAAGAGUACAACAUUUAUGAACACGAUGAACUGUAGCAGCAACAUUAAACACCACUUUAAAGUGCAUAUGACAGGUUAGAAGACUACACUGUCCUUAAAACAGGAUUUUAUGCAAGAUUUUACUAAUAGUCUUGCCUAGUUUUCUCCAUUUUAACCAUAUUGCUGAAGUUUAUCAUUUGACUUCCUUGUUCGACACAGACAGCAGAUAAUGCACAUACAUAGAGGUAAUUCUGUAACUGUAACCUAGCAACUAUAAUGUCAACAAAGGACAAAACUAAAUGGAUGUAUUGAAAUUAAUUUAAACUACCAGAAAAUUUUUGUGCGUAAAUUGUGCCUGCAUUUUGGAUGGAAGUUUGUGUGUUGAUCGCGUAGGUAGAUUAUUACAAUUUACAUCUCCAGUAUUACUAUUACUAUUACAUUACUUUCAUUUUUCCCACUUUUCUUCACAAACUCUCACUGAACUGAUGUAAAACUAUGAUAAAUAUUCACCACAGGUACUAUCCCACCAAACCACCUGAAAACCUGUCAUAUGCACUUAAAGAUGUACUGACACUCUUAUAACACUGAGGUUCAGUUAUUACAGGCAGGAGGCUCUGGCUGGACACACUGAUUCUAAUGGUGCUGAGUGAAUGUGGUGAAUUUUUAUUAUUAUUAAGACAAACACAAGGGCCAAUCCAUUCAAUGUGUAACAGGUUUGUAAUAAUCCUAUAUAUGUGGAAAUGAUUGGCCUCACUGCAUGAUGUCAUCAGGUAGUAAUUUUGUAAUUUAGUCUCUUCUAAAAAUGUCUUCAAUAGUUCAUAAUGUGCAACCAGUUCUAGCGCUUUUGAACAACUGUGCUAGAAGACGUAUUAAAGGUGCACUAUGUAACUUUUCUGGUAGGGGUCCAUUACCUGUUUGUCACUAUGGAGAUGUUUCACCGUUUGGCAUUAAACUUGUCAAGCUUCUGUUUAAUCAGUUACAGGUAUUUUAUUUCUUAAAAUCAAAUACCUUGACAAACUUCACUCUUACUGUAAGAUGGGUCUGCUCUCCACAGAUCUGACCCGUAACUUGGCCUGGCUGGCGGUGCUUGUUUCCAUGGAGAUAGAUAGGUUUAAUGUCAUACUGUGGAACAUUCUUAGCAUUCUUAGUGUUACACAGUGCACCUUUAACUUUAGGUAUGAAUAUGGAUCAUUUCUUUAUUUGACAGACUGGCAGAAUUUUUGGUCACUGUGCCGAUCAGUUCAUGAAUAAUGUGUGUGGUAUUAUAAAAGAAAAGAAAAAAAGAGAGUGAUUUGUUUGUUUCUGAAUCUAAAAUGAGAAAUGAGAAAUGCUGUUACAUUGAUAGUGGCUCCUGUU